GAUCAUUAUGGCUGACGACUUUGACGUUGAGGCCAUGUUGGAGGCUCCUUACAGAAAGGAUGAGAACAAGUCCUCUCAUGCCAACGGACACGAUGACCACAAGAAGAAAAGGAGAAGCAGGAGCCGAAGCCCAGGCUCAAGAAAGAAGAAAAGCAGAAGUAGGAGCAAAGACAGAAAGAAGAGCAAGAAGAGGAGCAAGAGCCGAGAGAAAAAACGCAGCCGCAGCAAAGAGCGCCACCGCAGCCGCUCCCGAAGCAAAGAUCGCUCAGGACGCUACAAAGCACGCCGGAGUCCCAUUCGGAAACGUUCCAAAAGUCGGAGUCCCUUUAAAAAAGAGAAGAGUCCUGUCAGACAACCAAUUGACAAUCUAACACCGGAGGAGAGAGAUGCCCGCACUGUUUUCUGCAUGCAGCUUGCUGCACGAAUCAGAGCUCGAGACCUGGAGGACUUUUUCUCAGCUGUAGGAAAGGUUCGAGAUGUGCGAAUAAUCUCUGACAGAAACUCUCGGAGGUCAAAGGGUAUCGCAUACAUAGAGUUUGUAGAGGCAUCCUCAGUUCCACUGGCUAUUGGACUCACUGGACAGAGGCUUUUAGGGGUUCCCAUCAUCGUCCAGGCCUCUCAGGCAGAGAAAAAUAGAGCAGCUGCAGCAGCGAACAACCUGCAGAAGGGCAGCGCAGGCCCCAUGCGGCUGUACGUGGGCUCCCUGCACUUCAACAUCACUGAAGAAAUGCUGCGAGGGAUCUUUGAGCCCUUUGGAAAGAUUGAAGGGAUCCAGCUCAUGAUGGACAGCGAGACCGGGCGAUCCAAAGGAUAUGGCUUCAUAUCGUUUGCAGAUGCAGAGUGUGCAAAAAAGGCGUUGGAACAGCUGAACGGCUUUGAGCUGGCUGGACGUCCCAUGAAAGUGGGACAUGUCACAGAGCGCUCAGACUCAUCAACAGCAAGCUCAUUCCUGGACAAUGACGAGCUAGAAAGGACUGGGAUUGACUUGGGCACAACAGGCCGUCUACAGCUUAUGGCUCGACUUGCAGAAGGAACCGGCCUGAAGAUCCCUCCUGCUGCCCAGCAGGCUCUCCAGAUGACUGGAUCCAUACCUUUUGGGAACAUCAGUGCUCCAGCAGCUCCAAGUCAGGCUUUGAACCUCCCAUCCCAGCCCCUGGCCACUCACUGCCUUCAGCUGUCUAACCUGUUCAACCCGCAAGCGGAAAAUGAUCCAGGCUGGGCCACUGAAAUUCAAGAUGAUGUGAUUGAGGAGUGCAACAAGCACGGGGGAGUUGUUCACAUCUAUGUUGAUAAGAAUUCAGCUCAAGGUAACGUGUACGUGAAGUGUCCCUCUAUACCUGCAGCUAUGGCAACUGUUAAUGCACUUCAUGGACGCUGGUUUGCAGGAAAAAUGAUAACGGCUGCCUACGUUCCCUUACCAACCUACCACAACCUUUUCCCAGACUCAGUAACAGCAAAGCAGCUUCUAAUGCCAGCACGCCGAUAGUCUGAGACACAGUGGAGAGUUGGUGUAAAUACAUUUGUUUGCAUUCAUAGAAGUGUCAUUGAAGCAAAUGCAUUGAAAUUAGUUGGCUGUGUGUAAUAAAAGUGGCCUCACAUUCAGAAUUGAAAUGUAGAAUUUUGUUUUUCUUUAAGUUACUUUCAAAUUUUGUGGGUUUGUGUUGUAAGCUACCACUGAGAAUAUCUCCAGGUAUGUUUCAGUCUGUAUGUUUUUAAAUAUUACCAUCUUAUCUGCUUGUUUAAAAAAAAAUAAAAAAUCAACAGUUUUAGAUAUGAAUACAUUGCAAAAAGUUCCAGAAAUGUUGGGUUGAGAGGCCUUAAAUGCCAAAAGUAUAUCAAUGUCAAUAAUCCUUUGUAACUUUUUACAGCCAUAAUUUUUUUUUUUUUGUAUGAAGGCUUCCAAUAAAUUUGGCAACUUCUAUUUAAUUUGUUUUCAUCCCCUUUUUGGGGCAUUUGUCAAUCCAAGAUCAAUUUGAAUUGCCUCUGAUUAAAGUCUUAAUUACAGCAUUGGACCCAUUUGUCAAUGAAAUUUUAAUACUUUGUCAAAGUUGAGUAUGUUGGCUGUCAUAUUUAGAUUGGACAUAAAUACAAGUCAUGCUGGAAAGUCGUUUACAGUACUUUCCAUGGAGCCCCCUGAAUUUACAAUGAUUUGGUGAUAAACUGUUUUUGGAAGGAUGAAUAUCAAGUUGUGCUUUAGAACUGUACCUCCAUGUAAAUGCCACCUCCAGUGAAUUAACUUGUUAAUGUACUUGGCCCUCUGGUUACUGCUUAGAGCCACCAUAGGAAAUAAAAACUGUUCUACAGGGUGGAUUAGACCACAUUUACAAAA